GCAGUGAAGGCAAACGGGACACGCUGACACUGGACUAAUGUAACAGGAGACUCAGCGCGCGCCUUGUUUACGCGCGCGUGCAGCACGUGCGAGCGAGCUGAUUUCGAAAAAAAUAUCUUCAACCGUCAAAUUUUAACCGCCGACCAUCAGAGUUCGUAAGAUACCAUGGCUACAGAAAAUUGUCUGAGCAGUUCGCAGCUAAACAGGAUUUACAAUGAAAAGCUGUUAAGACCCAGAGUGCAAUUACAUACCCUGUUAAAAGAUGCAGGUGCAGAUAAGGAUGUUUUCACCAUGAAGGAGGUUAUGUUUUACCUGGGCAAGUACAUCAUGAGCAAGGAGUUAUACGACAAGCAGCAGCAGCACAUCGUGCACUGUGGAAACAAUGCUCUCGGUGCUGUGUUCGGAGUGGCCAGCUUCUCCGUCAAAGAACCACGAGCUUUGUUUGCAAUGAUUUCUAAACAUCUCAUAGCAGUGAAAAUUCCAGAGUCUCAGUCAACAUUUAGAGAAGGUAGAGCUCUAAGUGAAGCUGACCAAGGGCCAGAGGAGACAAACCCACAAUCAUCUACCUCCACACAACAGCAGCAACAACUGCGCAAGAGACGACAGAGCAGUGAUCCCAUAAGUCUCUCAGAUGAGGAGGAAUCCAGUGAGCCUAGGAAGAGGCACAAGUCUGACAGCAUCUCCCUGACAUUUGAUGACAACAUGGACAUAGAUAGAUCUCACAGUGAUGAGGCAGAUGAGAGUGACGAUUCUGACACUGAUAACUUCAGUGUGGAGUUUGAGGUGGAGUCUAUCGAUUCAGAUGGCUACAGCGAGAAUGAUGAAGACUCUGUACCGGGAGAAGAUGAGGUUUAUGAUACAAUCAGUGCAGAGGAUGAGUACUCUUUUGAUGAAGAUACAGAGAUCACUGAGGAGUUUGACGAGCCAAACCCUCCACUCCCUGACCACUGCAAAAGCUGCUGGAAGGUUCAUCCGGGAUGGCUUCCCGAGACUUGCUCUGUGUCCGAGAACCCCAGCAAUGACACGUGUAACAACACGCAAACCAACACCACCUGCUCCAACACGAACCUCGAAGCCAAAGUACCGUGUGCCGAAUCUCCCACUCCGACUCUCGACCCGGAUGAAGGCGUGGACGUCCCGGAUGGCAAGAGCUCGCGCUCACAGAGUACUUCCUGCUCCGACCCCCAGGGCUUGUCUCUCUGCUGCCUGCAGCCCUCCACCUCAUCCACCCAGGAGAAAAUGCCAGAGCUGGAGCGCACCACCAGCUUAAACAGCACCAAGUCAUGCUUGCCCACAUCCUGCCUGGAGCCCUGUGUCAUCUGCCAGAGCAGACCUAAGAACGGCUGCAUCGUCCACAGACGCACUGGACACCUCGUGGCCUGCUACGUCUGCGCCAAGAAGCUUAAAAAGCACAACAAGCUCUGCCCCGUGUGCAGGGAGCCCAUUCAGUCCGUUGUCUUCACCUACGUCAGCUGAGGGGGAAACAGAUACGCACGAAGUUAAUUUACCUCACUGUUCCUUAGAACGUUUAAGUGUUGCAAUGCCCUAUGCUCUCACUAGCAAGUGACAAAGCGACUGUUCCUUUUCAAAUGUACGAGGCCCAACUUCAGCAGCAUUUAAAUUGAGAUUUUCCCAGUUCUAUGCUGUAAUGUAACAAGCGUAAAUGAUUGUCUGGACUGUUUCCUUGAAUCAUUCCUAUGGCACGUUCAGUCCAACAUUUCUUCAACUUCAGUUCUUACCUGCAGUUAGUUCCCAUGCACUGUUUGAUGCACUAAAAUUUAAGAAAAAUUUAUAACUAUGGUUUUACUUCAUUACAUAUGUUGAAAUAAAGCAAGCAAAAAUUG